AGACCUUCUGAAACUGGUUAGCUUUUUAAAAUUUCAAAUUAUGCAUAAAGGGUCAGCCAGUGUCCAUUUGCGAGUGAAAAAAUCGCGCGGGAUACAAUCGAGAUUAUUCUUUGGUCGUUCGUUACACAAGAAAAGAAGGAUCGAUUCGUUUUCUUUUUUAAAAUCAAGAUCAUGCGGACAUGGCGACUUUAACAGACUGUUUACAUUCGCUCUUUUGGAUGGGUGCACUCGUUUUGCAUGAAGUUUUUCUUUUCGGGUAUGUUUGGGAACAUCUUCGCACACCCACACAAACGAUAAACUUGGAAGAAUUUUACGCAAACAAAGUACCAAAGAUAACCUAUGAGAAUCUACGCGACCUGAACAGAGGAGAAGCGUAUUUCUUUCUAUGGAAUCUUUCCGAGUCAAUUUGAUGACACGAUAAAUCUGAUUGGCGCUUUAUCGCGGUCAUGCAUUGGUAAUGCCCUUUUUUUUUAAAAAAAAAAAAGGGCAUUAGAAGAGGAGUUUUCAAGGGUGUGUAUAAUUAGGAUGGGAAAAAAGUUCACGGAGAUAGCUUUACAAAAAGGCAAUAGUGAAUGUUACCUCGUCGCCAUGCCAAUGGCGAGACAUGACGGAUAUAUUCAUCGAUUAAGACCGAGGACUGUAUAUUUUUUUUUCACUGUGGGUUGGGUUGAUCAUUAAAGAUAUAAAUACGACAGACGAUUUGUACCUUGUCGAUUCAUUAUUCAAAACUUCCUUUGCUUUUUGAAAACAUAACAACAAUCAUGGUCCAAGAAAUCGAACGCACCGCUGCUGAACUCGACAACUGGUUGGCUAGAAGAAAUCUCCCCCACCCCCCCUUGAAACUCCCAAUGUGGACAAUG